AGGUUCUACUUCCGGAAGUUGCCGACAGCACUAAUGAGCGCCGAAUAAGCAACGCAGCAGGACCGAAGAUGAAGCGAACCUGAAGCUGAAUUAAUUCACUCCGUUUGGUGAUUUGAACUGCGAAGGUGUGAGUGACUGACAGAAGACACAAGAAGAGGGUUUUUCUGCACAGUCCAGUCCACUGUGGUUUUUCUUCUGUAAAAAAGACUCCAGACGCACAACUUUGCACUUUCGGUGUAAACUAACUUCCUGCUCUCGGUGGCAGUGAACUAACGGGAGGAGCUACAGAUAUGGACCAGAACAACAGUAUACCACCCUUCCAGGGACUGGCCUCCCCUCAGGGUGCCAUGACCCCAGGUAUGCCAAUCUUCAGUCCCAUGAUGCCAUAUGGCUCAGGCCUGACACCCCAGCCCGUCGUGAACACAAAUAGUUUGUCGAUACUGGAGGAACAGCAGAGGCAACUACAGCAGCAACAGGCACAGCAGGCAAACGCAGGCCUUCCUGGGACGUCAGGGCAGACUCCUCAGCUUUACCAUUCCCAGGCAGUUGCAGGCUCAACCACAACAGCGCUGCCAGGGAACACCCCGCUCUACAACACCCCGCUGACUCCCAUGACCCCCGUCACACCGGCAACACCCGCUUCAGAGAGCUCCGGAAUAGUACCACAGCUACAAAACAUAGUAUCUACUGUAAAUCUGGGCUGUAAACUGGACUUGAAGACCAUUGCACUGAGAGCCAGGAAUGCAGAGUACAACCCAAAGCGUUUUGCUGCAGUCAUCAUGAGAAUACGAGAACCUAGGACAACGGCGCUCAUCUUCAGCUCUGGGAAGAUGGUCUGCACGGGAGCCAAGAGUGAGGAGCAGUCGAGGUUAGCUGCCAGAAAAUACGCUCGUGUGGUUCAGAAGCUCGGCUUUCCUGCUAAGUUCUUGGAUUUUAAGAUUCAGAACAUGGUGGGAAGCUGCGAUGUGAAGUUCCCCAUUCGACUGGAAGGAUUAGUGCUUACCCAUCAGCAGUUUAGCAGCUAUGAACCGGAGCUGUUUCCAGGACUGAUUUACAGAAUGAUCAAACCCAGAAUCGUCCUGCUCAUCUUUGUUUCUGGGAAAGUUGUGCUCACAGGUGCCAAAGUGAGAGCAGAGAUCUACGAAGCGUUUGAAAACAUCUAUCCCAUCCUGAAAGGCUUCCGCAAGACAACGUAGAACCUGCAGCUCCUUCGUUUACCUUUUUUUAUCUUCCAACUCCGACUUUUUAUCGACAGAUUUUUUUUUUUUUUUGUUAUUCACAAGUGGACUGCUGUAACGGCUGUUGUACAGGGAUGUGAUUUCCCUUUUUUUGUGUUGGUCCUGGUGUUUCAAAGGAUUGGAAAACAGGAUGUCAACUUUUUUGUUGUUGCUGUGAUUUGAUCACAAGUCAUGAUGUCAUAUCUUACACGCAGACCUCUAUAUAUUUUACUUCUUUUUUUUUUUUUGGCUUUCUCUGUUGUCUGGAUCACAUCCCUGACUGUACAUACGACUGUAAAGAAAUGUAAAAAGCGCUGGUUAGAAGAGAAGCAGUCUGGCUAGGACUGUUUUAUUUUAAGCCAUUUUUAAAUAGUUUUUAUAUGUUGCUUUUUAUAAAUUGUUCCCAAAAUGUAUCGAGACAUGUUCAGGUCUGUCUGCCCCACAUUCCUCUCAACAGUAUCUACGAAGGUUUCUGUCUAUCCCAAGUCAAUGAGAUAUCAUCUUGUUAUGUUUUGCAAUCAUCAGAUUUUGGUUGAGCUUGUUCCUCAUUUUUAUACUUGCUGGAAUCAGAUAUCCCUCUAAAUUUCAACAUCGGUUGCAAAGUCAUGUCUUUUGAGACGUAUCUGAAGGCUUUGGCUCUUAGAUAAUAGGAUGCUCUUUUCUUUUUCUUUUUUUUUAUCCUGCUAAAGUUUUCCUCAAGUUGUUGGUUAAUUCUUUCAGAUUUGUGAUGCUUGGGGUCGGUUACAAAUGUACUUAGAAAUCAGCUAGAACUGAAAUGUGAAGAAAGGCUGUUGGUCCUAAAGUAGACAGCAUCUCCUUUUUAAAAUCUGUUUUAUUCACAUAUUGCCUCUUACAUCCAUGAGCACUAAAAUAUGAUGGCAGAUAAUCAAUUCAUUGUGUUGCCAUGUUUAUGCACUGUUCUUAAAUUUGUUUGGCCAUUUAAAAGUAUAUUUAAAAAUGUUCCUAGAUAUUUUUGUGCAUAAGGAAAUUGGAAUUUGUCUCUGUAUGUACCGCUUGCUCAGCUGACGUGUGCAUGGGCAGAAGAGGUUAGAGAAUUAUGCUGAACUACAUUUAGUAAUAAGUAAUUCCUCCCUCCGACUCUGAGUUCAGCAGCGGCUUAGCAGGAGACCAGGAGCUCUUGCCGCAUCUCAAUGAUAUUAUGUUUAUAACAAAAUUGUUAAUAUGCUGCACUGUGCAUUAAUAAAUGUGUACA